AUGGCACGCUUUACACUUACCUUGGCUUGUUUUGCCACUUUCACUACCGUCCUGUCCCAACAAACCAACCAGUGGUGGGAUAGUGAUGAUCAUUAUCGUCUUGAUGGCAACAAUCAGGACUAUGCACCAAAGGGGGACGGCUCCUGGUACUGGCCCGAUGAGGGCUACUGCCACUAUGGAGGCAUUCAAGUUGCUGGCGUAUGUUUCGACGUUUUUGGCGAUGCUCAGAAUUGUGCUGGUCCUGGGGAUGUAUGUGACCCCAACACUUUCUGCUUUCGAGGUUCAUGCGUCGCUGUUCAGUCGGUUUCAGUUUUUGCCAACCCUGACGACUGCGGUGGGACGCCCUGCGAACCUGGGAACAGUUGCAUCAACGGGGAGUGUCGUCCUACCACUAUUGACAAUAGUCAGUGUGGCUUUGGCUGCGGCCCUGGAAGUGUCUGCAUUGCUGGUACUUGCGUUGAUGUCAAGGGUGAACCAGCUAGUUGUGGCCCAGACGCAACAGUAUGUCCCAAUAACAGUCUCUGCAUCCUCGGAACCUGCUUCACUCUCCCUGACAGAGGUCUCUGUCCCGGUGGCUGCGAGGCUGGCACUAUCUGUGUUGAUGGCAUUUGCAUCCCCAUCGAUAACCCUUCUGUCUGCCCAACAGCAGGCUGCCCCCCUGGCACUGUCUGCCUGAACAGCGCCUGCACUGAAAUCAACAACCCAUCCCAAUGUAGCGGUACUGGCCCUCAGUGCCCUCCGGGAUUCGUUUGUGUCUCAGGUGUCUGCGUUCCCUGGGCUCAGCCUGCUCUCUGCGGCUGGUACGGUACAUCUUGUCCAUCAGACACUGUCUGCGUCCUCGGCAACUGCAUUCCCAUCGAGGAUCCCGCCAACUGCGGAACCUCGGGAACUGGAUGCGCCGCCAACGAACUCUGCUUGUCUGGAUACUGCACGCUGUAUCAGAAUCUCGAGCGGUGUACUGCCAAUACGGACUGUAGUGCUGGUCAGGUCUGCGACGCCGGUGCCUGUGUCACCCUUCAAACCAAUUCCUGCCAAAGCAGUGCAGAUUGUACCAAUGGUCAGACGUGUAUCAACGGUGAUUGCAGUCUCCAGAAUUCCCUCUGCCAGGUCGACGCCGACUGCACUUCAGAGCAGACUUGUGAUCGCGUCACCCGCACUUGCAUCAUAACAAAGUGUCAGUCGAAUGCCGACUGCCUCUGGAACGCUGAGUGUAAUGCAAACGGUAUCUGCGUCGUCCUUCCGACUACUUGCCAGACGAAUGCACAGUGUACCGAUGCUGAAACUUGCGAUACAAGCUCACGGACCUGUGUGGCCAAGCAGUGCCAGACCAGCUUCGACUGUGGCCAGGGAUCCAAAUGCAACGAAAAUGGCAUCUGUAUUUCCCUUGCAUAUCUUUGCGUUGGCGAUUCCAACUGUCCAGUUGGUGAGACCUGCAACACGGCCGCUCGUUUAUGUGUUCGAAAGGCGUGCCAAGGAAUCCAAGACUGUCCUCCUGGCUUCAACUGUGGUAUCAACAGUGUCUGCGUGAAUGCUGCGGCAUCUACUGAAGAGUGUCAGUCAGACUCUGACUGUAACAAUGGCCAGACUUGCAACCCUACGACGAAGACAUGUACUUCGAUCCCUUGUUCUACCAACCAAGACUGCCCCAACGCGUUUACGUGCGGCGCCGGGGGUAUCUGUAUCGUCAGUCCUACCGUGUGCCAGCUUGAUACCGACUGCAAUGGAAACGAGAGAUGCGAUCCCGUCAGCCAGGCUUGCGUCCCUAGGAGCUGCAUCACGAAUGCAGACUGUGCUGCCGGCUCCGAGUGCAAUGCACAAGGCAACUGUGGAACUGUCAGUCCAAUAUCGACUGUGCAAAUGGUGAGACUUGCGAGAACGGAACCUGCACUGCUGGGCCUGUUACCACAUGUCAAACGAGCUCUGAUUGCCCAACCGGCCAAGUCUGUAACCAAGGCCAGUGUGAGAUCGAUCCUCCACAACAAUGUACCACAGACACACAAUGCCCUACAGGCCAGACCUGUGAAGCCGGAACAUGCGAAUCCACCAACCCUUCGCCAUCGCCGACUGUACCAACGGCCAGGUUUGUAUCAACAGCCAGUGUACAGCACCCAAUACAACUUGCCAAGGCAAUGGAGACUGUCCCGCGGGUCAAUUCUGCAAUCCCGCAACAUCUACAUGUGCUACUUCCCCCGCGCCAUGUGCCGAUGA